AUGCCCCAUCUGCUACUAACCGCUUUGACGGCAUCUGCCCUCGCUCUUGCUACACCGUUGACUUCACGAAACCCAGUGAAGCGCAAUGAGCCCCAAUAUCCAAUACUGACCUGCGAAGCCGCUAGCUGGCCGACUACAGAAUUGCCCAAGUACAUCACGCCUCAAUUGCCGGAUGCGGACCUUCAGGACCUAAUUUCCCAGAUCAAUCCUGACAACAUCUACGCCAACAUUGAGAAACUUGUCUCAUUUGGCACGCGACACACGCUUUCCAGCCAGACUGACCCGAAUCGCGGAAUAGGAGCAGCUCGAUCAUGGCUGAAGUCUAAAUACGAGGAGUACGCCGAGGCGAGCAAUGGACGGAUGACUGUGAGCCUCGAAGGGUAUGAGCAGCAGCCGGACGGAGAUCGAGUACUUUUCCCAGUCCUGAUUCAAGAUGUGGUGGCGACUCUGAAAGGGAGCGAAGAGCCUGAUCGCUAUUACCUGAUCUCUGGGCAUUACGACUCGCGGCGAAGCGAUCCUAACGACUAUGAAGGUGACGCGCCGGGGGCAGACGAUGACGCAUCUGGGGUGGCUGUUUCACUGGAGUUGGCCCGAGUCUUUGCCCUGGCACCCACUCCACCACGAGCAACCAUCAUUUUCGUUGCUGUCGCUGGUGAGGAGCAAAACCUGUAUGGCGCCAACUACCUUGCCGAAACGUUCCGCAACACUUCGCGAAACCUUGCAGGUAUGCUCAAUUGCGACACCGUUGGCAGCUAUACCGGUGACGAUGGCUACGAGGAUCCCCACGUCAUUCGUGUAUUCGCUGAAGGUCCACCUUUGACGGAGAACGCUACUGUCCGCGCGCAACGCUUGUCCAUCGGCGGAGAGAACGACUCUCCGGCACGAAACCUGGCACGCUUUAUCCAUGAGGUUUCAGAGAACGAGUAUACGGAGAUGAACGUUAGUGUGAUCUACCGACUCGACCGAUUCCUCCGGGGCGGCGAUCACCGGCCUUUCCUUCAGAAUGGCUUCAGCGCUGUGCGAUUCACUGAGCCACAUGAGGUUUAUGAGCAUCAGCACAAUGAUGUACGAGUCGAGGACGGUGUGCAGUACGGCGAUCUCAUCGAGUACGUAGACAAGGACUACACGGCUCGCGUCGCCAGAGUCAACGCCGCUGCGUUGUGGAGCUUGAGCCAGGCGCCCGGCGAGCCAACGAGCGUGUAUGUGAAUACGACAGCACUGGACAAUGACAGUCAAUUUGUGUGGAGCCCGCCAGUCGACGGAGACGAGGGUGUGGACAGCUAUGAAGUGGUUUGGAGGCCGACAAACGCGCCUUUCUGGACUAACAGUGUCGAUGUUGGGAAGACCGACUCUGCAGUUGUGCCUCUCAGUAAGGACAAUGUCAUCUUCGGGAUCAGGAGUGUUCGAGCAGGAUAUAAGAGCCCGGCUGUGCUCCCAUUCCCUUUACCGGUGGCGGACUAG